CAAGAAUAAAACCCAUUAAUUAACAUAAACAGAACAGAAAUUGCGGCCGGUACGCACACGCGCGCACUACAACACACACACACACACACACACACGCAAAAAAAGAAAAAAAAAACAGCUUCUUUACAGCGCCACUUAAAGUUAUUAUCCUCCUUUCCACUACGGGUGGCCGUGGCCUUUGUGACCAUCCAAGCGUGGUAGCAUUUCGGUAGUCGCUGCGUUCUAUUAUAUCUUUUAUUCGUUGUGUCCGUGGUUUUUGCCGAAAGUUUGUCGUUCGUUGUGAACGCGCGUGCCUCGUCGGCCUCGAAGCUUCUGCGCCUGCACGACGAUCUGUGGCAAGUACGAAGCAAUGUUCGCGUGCGUACAGUACACUGAAGACAAGGAGCGGGCAGUGCUGCCUGUGGAACUGGUCAGAGAUUUCCGUCCACGAAGUCCAGAUGACUUCAAGAAAGACAAUGUUGUGAUGGCGUAUUGGGCGGACGAGGAUGGAGGAGGUGAAAGCUUCUACCCGGCCAACGUCACUGCACUCGCGGACUCCCUUGAGGGCCUUGUCACCAAAUUAAAGACGUCACGGAGCUCAUUUCCCAGAGUGAUAUUGGGAAAGCUGAGCAAGGGCAACUUGGCUGAUGAAGGUUUGUCCAAGAGGGAGCAGAGGAAGAGGAAACGGGAAGCUUCCAGGAAAGAACUUGGAGAAAUACUUAAAGCCUUCAAGCAAUCAGAGAACUCGGAACUGGUAAGCAAUAUUUGAGCCCAGCAGCCUAUUAUUACCGUCAACACUUAAACCUGAUGGCAAUGCUGAAACAAUAUUUUGGUUAAAGCUUAAAAUAAUAGUUUACUAGUUUACCUUACUGCUUCAUUAUCCUGUCUGUGAUGUGAUAAGGGUGCAGUGAUUAUGCCUCAUACUUUGUUGUUCGGAACAUUUUUUUCUUAGCAUUUUCAUUUAAUUUACAGGCCUGUGUAAGUUGGCCUUCUGGCAGCACAACAUAGUAGUAUUGUUAACU